AUGAGGGCGUUCAUCCCGAGGCUGACCAUCCUCAGGGCUUUCGCACCAAAAGUAGCCGCACCGCUGCUGCCAACGACGCGCGUACGACUGGCCACAUCGCCUCUCACGAAUACCCCCCGUCCGUCCCGCCUCUUCCACAACUUCCCCGCCCGCCUCAACUCACACCAGCCCCCCUCACCCGACCCCCGCGAUGCCCUGCCCCCAGACGCAUCGCUCUCUCAGAAACUGAAGCAUCUCAUCAAGACAUAUGGGUGGUACGCUCUCGGCGUGUAUAUCGCCAUUUCCACCCUAGACUUCAGCGUUGCCUUUCUCGGCGUCAACCUGCUCGGCGCAGAAUACGUGUCUCAAGUUGCAGCCUCCGUAAAGGCAACAGUCUCCAACGUGCUCCAUUCGAGACCAGCAGAACCGGGCAAAGAUGAGAUGGAUGCCGUUGGUGGUCCGGCCCAACCUGGUCAGGAGGGACUGUACGCCAUGCUGGUCCUGGCGUACACCAUCCACAAAACCCUCUUCUUACCUGUGCGCGUUGGCUUGACAGCCGCGUUGACACCCAAGCUCGUCCAUUGGUUGAGUAGAAGAGGGUGGGCUGGCACCACUGGUGCGCGUCGGGCUGCCAGCGAGAUGCGGGAAAAGAUUCGCGAGAGAAAGACUCGCUCCGGUGACGAUUGA